UUCCUUCCUCUUCAGCGCCAAAGACCAAAAAUCCCAGAGACAGAUUUCCGCACUCUCUCUGAGAGAGGCCACUGACACUGCUACAUUUGCUCCUUCUUCCUCUAGAGAGAGAGAGAGUGAAAAGCUCUGUUAUUUUCUUCAUUCAUGGAAGGCCACGAAAGCUUUAGAUAUAAUUGUUGAUUCAAAAGAGAGAGAGAGAGAGAGAGAGAAAUACAGUCACACACAAGAGUAACCCAAAACGAUGCGUCGAGCGAUCUCGCUUCUGGUCCAGCCACGCUUCAUCUUUCUCUACCUUGUCCUCUUGAUUUUCCUCAUCUUCGCGUUCUCCAACCCCAAAAAGAGUGAAGAAAAAGCAGAAGAGGUGCCUGAAAUUACCCACAGAGUUUACUUCGAUGUUGAUAUUGAGGAACAACGUCAAGGUAGAAUCGUGAUCGGAUUAUAUGGCCAAGUUGUACCUAAAACUGUUGAAAAUUUUAGGGCUUUAUGCACAGGGGAGAAAGGCGAGGGUGCCCAUGGGAAAAAACUCCACUAUAAAGGAAUACCAUUUCAUCGUAUAGUAUCUGGGUUUGUGAUUCAAGGUGGAGAUAUUGUUUAUGGUGAUGGCAGGGGUUUUGUAUCAAUAUAUGGUGGUGGCACCUUUCCUGAUGAGAAUUUCAAGAUAAAACAUUCACAUGCAGGUGUUGUUUCCAUGGUGAAUUCAGGGCCUGAUUCCAAUGGCUCACAGUUUUUCAUCACUACAGUCAAAGCCAGCUGGUUGGAUGGGGAGCAUGUUGUCUUUGGCAAGGUCAUUCAAGGCAUGGACACUGUGUUUGCAAUUGAAGGUGGGGCUGGAACCUACAGUGGGAAGCCUAGAAAGAAGGUUGUUAUUGCUGACUCUGGGGAGAUACCCAAGAGUCAAUGGGAUCAGGAAAGAUAAGUUCCUUUAUACAUGAACAGCAGCAAUUUUUUUUUUUUUUUUCAAGUUUGGUUUAGAUAAUUGAUUCACACUCUCUUCCCUUUGUAAGAUGUCCAUGAAAUUUUACAAGUCAUGAGUUCCCAGUUCUGAUAGUCGUAGGCCUUCUUGGAAAUAUUGUAUUGUCUUUUGUAUUUGACAACUGUUAUUGACACAAACAUGUUUGUUGUAGAGGAAUCAAAAGGAAAUGACCUGUUAGUAUCCCAAA